AUGUCAACCCUUUUGAAAUCAGCUCAAGCUUUGAAACCAUUAUUUGAUAGAGUCUUGGUCCAAAGAUUAAAGCCAUCGAACAAGACUGCUAGUGGACUUUACAUCCCAGAGAAGAACCAAGAGAAAUUGAAUCAAGGUGUGGUUAUCUCUGUUGGUCCAGGUAUGACUAACACUAAUACCGGUGAAGUUAUUCCAGUUUCAGUCAAGGCUGGUGAUCAAGUUUUGUUACCUUCAUUUGGUGGUAAUCCAGUCAAGGUUGGCGAAGAGGAGUAUUUGUUGUACACUGAUAAGGAGAUCUUGGCCAAAAUUGAAAACAACAAUUAA